AUGAUAGUUGUCUUGGAUGAUUCAAAUGAUAAUUGCUUACUUAUCUACAAUAUUAAAAAUUAAGGAAAAAAAUCGCUAAUAAAGAUUAUAAAAUUACAUAAAGAGUAAAUAGCGUAUAAUUUUAUAGAAAAUUAAGACAUUAUAAUUUAUAUUAAGGAUGGGAAAAUUAGAUUUAAUAAGAUCUAGGAAAUUAACAUUAAGCUAAACUAUUUGGAUUUAAUAAAAAAUAAGAUGGAUUUUUACACAAUCAAAAAUUUAAAUGUCAAAUUCGCAUCUUCAAUUAAAAGUCUUAAUCAAUAUAUAUGCAUGCCUUUAAAAAUACUUCAUCUAAAUACUAUUUAAACCUUAGCAAUUAUCAAUAAUCAAGUCUAAUUGGUCAAAUAAAAUGGAUACUUGAAUCUUAGCAACAUUUACGGUAGAAUAGAUAAAAUUGAGUUGAUCCAUAAUAAUAGCAUUAUUGAAAUUAAUCCAGUAAAUUAUACAUGGAAUAGAAUAGAGUGCAUUUUUUAUAAUAAUGAUGUCUGCUAGAUUAGUGAAGAAAGAUUUAUGAUCAAUUUUUUUACAAUGGGACAAAAUAUUUAUACAUAAUAAUUCAUUUAAAAUGUUUAAUCAGCAAUUUAUGAUAAAAAAUAAUCUAAAUAUAUUUUGAUAUGCUUUUCUAAGGUUACAUAUACUGUAACGUAUUUUGAAUUAUAUCUCAAGUUUACUGAAACUAAAAAUGCUAAACUAACUAAAAUCGAGAAAUUGGAAUAGACUUUUGAGUUUCAUUAUGGGGAUUGUAAUUUUAUUUAAUAUUCUUUUAGUUGGUACUUAUGAUAAAUCCUAUUACUUUUUCGAUUUAAUGAUUUUUUCAAAUCAGGGUAAAUAAAAUCUAAUUUUAUAAAAAAAUAACAAUGCUUUGAUUAGAUUAAAAGAAAUAGAAAAAGAAAUUCAGUAAUAAAUUCUUGAUUGUUAUUAAUUGGAUGAAACAACUUAUAUGUUUGCAUAAAUUAAUUAGCAUCAAGAACUAGAGUUUUUUUUAAUUCAAAUUAAUAUUAUUGAAAAUAUUCCAAAUCAAACUAAAGUCAAUAAUUUUAAUAAAAUUCUGAAUUCAAAUUUUCUGUAUUCUAUUUAAAUAAGCUUUUGA